CAAUACCAUCAGAAGGCAGUGGCAAGCCUGGAGGCUGCUCUCAAGAAGAAAGAAGAAACAAUUUCCAGUCUGCACUCUGAGCUAAGAGAUGUGAGGCUGAAGUUUGAGGAGGCCCAGGGCAAGUGGACAUGUGUGAGUGUUGAACUGCAGGAGAAAUGUACUCAGCUGGAGAAGUUCAAGUGUGAAGCAGAAGAUCAUAUUGCAGAUGAGAUGAAACAAUUGAAAUUGCAGUUUGAAGAGAAAAAUUACUCCCAUGCAUUUUUGGCAUCACAGCAAGUGAUCAGAGAGAUGCAGGCAGAGCAGGAGGAGUUUGCCAAACUAUUUGAUGAUCUUGAACACUCAGUAUCACUUCAGGGCCGGCUUCAAGAUUUGCUGGGCCCCUUAAUUAGGAAAUCCCGGAAGGUUGCCAAAGAUCAUAUCAGUGUGCGUGACAGACUCACUAAACAGAAUCAGGCCAUACAGAAACAGCUUACUUCCGUGCAGACAGAUCUAGAGGUGGCAUUGUCAGAAAACAAAGAUCUACAUGAAGACAUUCAGAACAUCAGUGAUAUUUUAAAGAGAAGCAAUGAAAACUACGCAGAACUUGAAGCUACAUACCAGGCUGCUGCACAGGAUAUUGGUGAAUCUCAAACCAAAAUCGCAGAACUAAACAACAAAAUUGAGUUUGGUUUUAAAAUUAUGAAAGAUCUGAUGACAGUAAAGGCUGACCUUACCGACCAGGUGUCGGAGCAUCAGGAGAUGUGCAGUUUGCAAACUGAGAAACUGAAGUCCUCAGAGGAAGAGGUUCAAAGACUGACACAACAGCUAGAAAGAGAAAGAAAGAUGAUGGAUGCUAAAAGUGAAUAUUAUGAACAGGUGAUUGCUGAGCAUGAGGGGUCCAAGUCCAGAUUGGAAAUUUACAUAGAAAACCUCAGAGACACACUGGACAGCUGGGAGGUCGAUCGUGAUGUGCAGUCCAAGGUCAUUGCCGACUGUGAGGAGCAGCUGGACAAGCAGCGGGCCAAGAUGGAGGCAAUGAGUCAAGAACUGCAGAGUCUGCGUAAGAUCAAAGCCGUCACACAGCCGGAGAGAGAUUAUUAUCAGGAGCUGAGAAACACAAACAAGUUCCUGGAGGCAGAAAAACAGCUGUACCUGGAAGCAUUGACCGACUGCAGGAGCCGGCUGGAGGCAGAGGUUGAACUGACAGCCAGCAACAACAAACUCAUCGAUGCUCUGAGGUCCAACAAUACAGAAUUGCAACAGUCCAAUGACCAGCUUAUGUCGGAUGUGCAGGUGCUGGAGGAGACCUUGUCCCUCAAAUCCACGGACAUAGACAUGAGCUGUACAGCCAUGGAUAACCUGCAGGAGAGGAUGGAGUCAGUGUUGUCUUCGCUGCAACAGAAGCUUGGUCACGAGGUUAAACCGGACAAGUCUGCGAGAGAAACAUUUUUUACACCAAGUAAACUGGCCAGUAGUUAUCCUCAAGAAUCAUCAUUAAUGACUCAGAUUCUGUCAGCAAGAAAAGCUCGUUCACAGAUGUCUCAGUCUUCAAAUGCUUCUUUUGCACAGCAAAGAGGUUCAGUUCUCCACAGCACCUUUAUAAACCAUGACACCUCAAGCUGUUCUAGAGCUGAAGAAGCUGAAAGAACAAGGUUGAAGCAAAAUAAUGUUCUGUUUGGUGCUCUCCAGCCGCGACUUGUUGCAGAAGCCGAAUCAUAUCUUUCUCCUCGCAGUCAAAGCUUUAUGACAUCCCAGAAUUCCCGAAUGCUGACAGAUUCAAGAAGGUCAGUGCUGUUCUCUAGUGCUUCAAAGGGGACCAUUAAGAACCAGGAUGCUUCACAAAAUCGUUCUCAAACAUCUGUCAGGAAAGAUUUAAGCAGUUUGUAUCCAGUAACAGAGCAGAACGUGUCCACGCCUGGUUAUGCAAAAAUUUGCAGUAUUCCAUCAACGAUGGAUAGAACAUUAGAAAGUCUGGCUAGGGCCAAAGGUGAAAGCUCCAGGUCUGAGAAUUCAUCUCUUGAUGAUGUUGCAGCUGUUUUGGAUUCAGACUCAAUGCUAGCUAAGGUUCAGCAGGUGGACAGAUUGUUCACUUUGAUUCUCAAGACUGCAGACAUGGCUCAGAGAGCCUCUGAACUCACAGUCAAGGAUCUGAAAGAAGACAUGGCUCUGUUGGAAGACAAACUGAGGUUUCAGCGUUGCCAGACCAAAGACCUGGAGACAGAAUUACAACAGAAAUCAGCACAGUUGAUGUCUGCCAAGACACAGAUGCAGGAGCUGAACGCUCGGAUGAGAGAAAAGACUCAGUCACUGAUGACUUUCCAAGACCAGCAGCAUCAAGUCACGACUCUGGAAGAAGAGAAGGUUGAACUAAAUCGGAAAGUAAGGUCUUUGAGAGAGGAGGUUAAGAUGUUGACAGAACAACUCCAUGAGGUACUGCAGAAAUUUGAUGACAUCAAGACGGGACAGAAACCAGAGGGAGCCUGUGUUAGAGAGAUUGUAAACUUGAAGAAACAGAAUCAUGAGCUGGUGAUGAAACUCUUCGAUGAGAGGGAUAAGAAUAUCGCGGUUGGAGAAAAGGCCAUGCGAAGAAUGAAAAUACUUGACACUAAUUGGAGGAAAGCUGAAGCAGAAGUGAAGAAGUUUGACGAACUAGUGGAACAAAUUAGAGAGACUUGCAUUAGUAGCCAAGCACAGUCGACCCAUCCAGUUAUCCUGCAAGUGGUUCGAUUGAUUGAUGGAGUUGAGUAG